GCAGCAGGCGAGCGCGGCCCGCGUGCCCGCGCCCAUCGUGCCCCGAGCCGGGCAGCGCUGGGCAUGGAGGCGGCACACAGCCACCCGGUGCUCGACGUCCUCCGCCGCUUCGGGGUGAGCGAGAGCUGCGGGCUCAGCCCGGAGCAGGUCCGGCGGAACCGGGAGAAGUACGGUCCCAAUGAGCUCCCUGCAGAAGAAGGAAAGUCUCUCUGGGAGUUGGUGCUGGAGCAGUUUGAAGAUCUGCUGGUCCGCAUCUUGUUGAUAGCAGCUUUUCUGUCAUUUAUCCUGGCCUGGUUUGAAGAGGGUGAGGAGACGAUGACGGCGUUCGUGGAGCCCAUCGUCAUCAUCAUGAUCCUGAUCGCCAACGCAGUGGUGGGCGUCUGGCAGGAGCGGAACGCAGAGAGCGCCAUCGAGGCCCUGAAGGAGUAUGAGCCUGAGAUGGGCAAAGUGAUCCGCAGCGACCGCAGCGGCCUGCAGCGUGUCCGCGCCCGCGACAUCGUCCCCGGGGACAUCGUGGAGGUGGCAGUGGGUGACAAGGUGCCAGCAGACAUCCGGAUCAUCGAGAUCCGCUCCACCACGCUGCGCGUGGACCAGUCCAUCCUGACGGGGGAGUCUGUGUCGGUGAUCAAACAUGCUGACCCCAUCCCUGACCCCCGGGCUGUCAACCAAGACAAGAAGAACAUGCUGUUCUCUGGCACCAACAUUGCCUCCGGGAGGGCCAUUGGGGUGGUGAUUGCCACGGGGGUGUACACCGAGAUCGGCAAGAUCCGCAACCAGAUGGCAGAGACGGAGCCCGAGAAGACUCCGCUGCAGCAGAAGCUGGAUGAGUUCAGCCAGCAGCUCUCCAAGGUCAUCUUCCUGGUGUGCGUCGCCGUCUGGCUCAUCAACAUCAGCCACUUCAGCGACCCCGUGCACGGGGGCUCCUGGUUCCGGGGAGCCAUCUACUACUUCAAGAUCUCGGUGGCACUGGCGGUGGCUGCCAUCCCCGAGGGCCUGCCAGCCGUCAUCACCACCUGCCUGGCGCUGGGCACACGCCGCAUGGCCAAAAAGAAUGCCAUUGUCCGCAGCCUGCCCUCGGUGGAGACCCUGGGCUGCACCUCUGUCAUCUGCUCUGACAAGACUGGCACCCUCACCACCAACCAGAUGUCUGUCUGCAGGAUGUUCAUCAUGGACAAAGUGGAGGGUGACCAGUGCAGCCUGCAUGAGUUCAGCAUCACUGGCUCCACCUAUGCCCCAGAGGGACAGAUCCUGAAGGACGAGCAGCCGGUGCGGUGCGGGCAGUACGACGGCCUGGUGGAGCUGGCCACCAUCUGUGCCCUCUGCAACGACUCCUCACUGGACUACAAUGAGUCCAAAAAGGUCUACGAGAAGGUGGGAGAAGCCACAGAGACAGCCCUGACCUGCCUGGUGGAGAAGAUGAACGUUUUCAACACCGACACCAGCCAGCUCUCCAAGGUGGAGAGAGCCAAUGCCUGCAACUCAGUGAUCAAGCAGCUGAUGAGGAAAGAGUGCACGCUGGAGUUCUCCCGCGACCGCAAGUCCAUGUCUGUCUACUGCACCCCCACCAGACCCAGCCACAGUGCCACCGGCAGCAAGAUGUUCGUCAAGGGCGCUCCGGAGAGCGUGAUCGAGCGCUGCACGCACGUGCGUGUGGGCACCGCCAGGGUCCCGCUGACGGCAGCAGUGCGGGAGAAGAUCCUGGGCAGGAUCCGGGACUGGGGCAUGGGCAUCGACACACUGCGCUGCCUGGCACUGGCCACCCACGACUCACCCCCACGCAGGGACACCAUGCAGCUGCACGACUCUGCUGCCUUCAUCCGCUACGAGAACAACCUGACCUUCGUGGGCUGCGUGGGGAUGCUGGACCCUCCCCGCAAGGAGGUCGCCUCCUCCAUCGAGCUGUGCCGCAAGGCUGGCAUCCGCGUCAUCAUGAUCACCGGCGACGACAAGGGCACGGCGGUGGCCAUCUGCCGCAGGAUUGGCAUCUUCUCGGAGAGCGAGGAGGUGGCAGGCAAGGCCUACACAGGCCGGGAGUUCGACGAGCUGCCCCCCGAGGCGCAGCGCCAGGCCUGCCGCCGUGCCCGCUGCUUCGCCCGCGUGGAGCCUGCGCACAAGUCACGCAUCGUCGAGUACCUGCAGUCCUUCCACGAGAUCACUGCCAUGACAGGCGAUGGCGUCAAUGAUGCCCCAGCCCUGAAGAAAGCUGAGAUCGGCAUCGCCAUGGGGUCAGGCACAGCUGUGGCCAAGUCAGCUGCUGAGAUGGUGCUCUCUGACGACAACUUCUCCACCAUCGUGUCCGCCGUGGAAGAGGGCAGGGCCAUCUACAACAAUAUGAAGCAGUUCAUCCGUUACCUCAUCUCCUCCAAUGUUGGGGAGGUCGUUUGCAUCUUCCUGACAGCCAUCCUGGGCUUGCCUGAGGCCCUCAUCCCCGUGCAGCUGCUGUGGGUGAACCUGGUGACAGAUGGGCUGCCAGCCACCGCUCUGGGCUUCAACCCCCCUGACCUGGACAUUAUGGACAAGCUGCCCCGCAGCCCCAAGGAGCCCCUCAUCAGUGGCUGGCUCUUCUUCCGCUACCUGGCCAUCGGAGUGUACGUGGGCCUGGCCACAGUGGGCGCAGCGACCUGGUGGUUCUUGUAUGAUGCCGAUGGACCGCAAGUCUCCUUCCAUCAGCUGGAGAAGAGGACAAGAAGUGAAGGGUGUGGCAGUGCUGCUGCUGCCGCCAGGCUGCCUGCCUCGCGCCCUGGACCAGAGCCUUGCAUGCUGCCCGUGCAGCGGCCGCAGGACAUGCAUGUGUCCCACCAGCAGACCAACGGGCACCUCGUCCUCAAGGACGACCCACAUUUUGUUUUGUUUUGUAGCUUUUUUCUUCCUGUACAUGAGCAAUGCAAUGGCUGGAGAGCUGGCAGAGGCUCCAGGGGUGGCUCCUCGCCAUGCCAUUCCCUGGGGAUUUCUUCCUGACAAAUUCCAGGCCCUCUGCCCAGUUUUUACCCUGACUGGGUGAGCUCUGGCAAGGCAUCCUCGUGGGAGAGCAUGGCAAAGAGUUGGGAUUUUGGGUGAUACCCUGAGUACAGGCAGGAGGCUGCGUGCCACAGCAGGGUGGGAUGGAGCUUCUCAGGCUGGGCAGGACUCGGUGGUGGGUGAGGGCAGGAGAGCGAGGUGAAGGGGUUUUGGCUUGGGGUUGCUGACCCUCACCAAUAUCCCUGGGCACAUUGCUGUGGCUACUACACUCUGCAUGGGUGGCCACAGUGUCUGUGGGCUGUGGCACCUGCAAAUCCCUGCCCAGUGUGACCACUGGUGAGAUGGGUCUUGCAGAUGUGUUUGUAGAUUGAGGUUGGGUGAGUGGUGGAAGAUGAAGGUCUCCCUAUUUAUCACACUGUCCUCUUUGAUCCCUAUGCUGCGGAAAGCCUGCUCAGGCUCCUCCAACACCAAAACACAACUUAGUCUUGUCUGUUCUCCACUGUCUGAUGUCUUCUUGGAUCCCUUCUGCACUAUUUAAGCAGUAGCCCUCUUGCUGGGGCAACCAUUUAAAGCAGAGCAUGGCGAUGACCAUUCCUCAUGGCUCCUGCUCCCUCUUAGGCACACUCUCAUCCCUCAGUUGAUCUUUAGCUACCAAGGGUAGACCUUAAGUAAGUCCUUAGGAGCAUGUUGAUGAGUUGGUGUCUUUGGCUUUAGAGGACACUGCUGUCUUGCACAGAACAUCCUUGACACCAGGACACUGCCUUUGAGAUGGCAGUGAAUGUGUGCUGGUGCCAGGGGCUCUCCCCUCCCUCAGCAGUGCUUGCCAUGGCCUCCCUUUUUGUAUGGCACCAAACCUCUUGGGGCUUUUUCCACAGCAGAGUUGACCCAGGCUGCAGUGAAUCUGUUGAUCAGGGCUGGAUUUUGGGACCAAAACCCUUGAUCUUUCUUCAUUGAGAAGCUGAUAGUGGGUGAUGUCUUCUGCAGCUCUCCAGAUCCUCACUCCUGCUUCCCUCACGUCUGCCUUUGAUCCAUCCUGGUGACACUGACUUAGCCAGACUUGAUGUCCUUCCUUUCUCCUCAAUUCCAGCCACUGGAGCCAGGGGGUUGAGCACUUUCCUCCUUUUCUGGUAGGUUUUGCCUUCUACUUCUUUACCUCUUCAAAGCUUCCAAUGCUUUUGCUUCUCCUGGGCCAGAGCUACUCUUCCUCUGUACCACAGGUGCCAAAAAACAUCCCCACCCACCUUGCUUUUCUCCAUCACCAGCACUGAAGAAGAGCAGAGCCCCCAGAGCAAUGGGAAUGUACAGAGUCGUUAUACUACUGAGCUGAUGUACCUGUAGAGACAAAGCCUGCAUGAGAAGUUGUUGCUGUAUUUAAUAUCUAAUUAGUUAUUCAAGGAAUUUUCCUAUGGAGCUCUUUCCAAAAGGCCUUUCUAGAUACUCUGUGCUUAGAAGAUGGUUGCUGAUUCUUUUGGGGUUUUUAAUAUUGGGACACUUGUUCCUGCAGAUAUUUUGUUUUUCAAGUGUGCUCCUGGAUUUCAUUGAUCCCUUGGGGCAACCAGUUCCUCUGCAAAGAUUUCUGCCACGGAUGAGACUCACCCUGGUGCAGAGGACCAAGGUAUGACCCAGGUACUUCUUCAGCCUUUGAAGGAAGACUUCCCUAAUGCUGUAGAUGUGGGAGUUGCCCUUCCCCAAGGGGCGGAUUUCACCUAAGUGUAGUACAGAGCAUCUCCAGCUCUCUGUGCAGCACAAGAGCUUUUCAUCCAGCACCAGCAGCUGGGGGACCGCAGGGAAGAUUGCUGCCAUGUUUCCCUGGGGCCAAAAACCUCUUUGGAGGAAGCUGGACCACGAGAGAGCUUCUCAACUCUGUUCAUAGGCUGCAGCAGAGCUUUCAGGUGCAGAGGGACUUCCCAUUAGGGUGUCUGGAGACAGGACAAGGGGAACAGUUUGAGGCUGAGACAGAGCAGGACUAAACUGGAGCUGAGGAAGAAGUUCUUCAGUAUGAGGGUGGUGAAACUCUGGCACAGGCUGCCCAGGGAGGCUGUAGCUGCCUCCUGCCUGGGGGUGUUCAAAGCUGGGUUGGAUGAGGUCUUGAACAGCUGAGUCUAGUUGCCCCCUAGGCAUGGCACGGGAUUGGAGGAGAUAUCUCUGAGGUCACUUCCAACCUGAUCCAUUCUCUGGUUCUGUGAUUCCUCACCCAAGGACCAGCAACCUUCUCAUUAUCAUUGUUGCUAGAGAUGCCAAGCUGCUGGCAGGAGAGAUGCCACACUGCUGUUCUAUCAGCCUGUGUGAGCAGUGGGCUACCAACACCCAGGUCAUCGUGUCCCCAGCACAGGCUUGUUCCUUCCAGCCACAGCAAAUUGCAUUUGUCUGUGUGUGGUGUGGCUUGAGAUGCACCUACAAGAGAGCACAGGGAACUUGCACUAGUGCUGCCUGCAGCAGGAGGAAACGUUGGAACAUGGCCCACCUGGCUAGGAGGGACACACCUUCUGAGCCUACAUCCCUCUCUUGCUCCUUGUCCUUUGAUCUCUUGCAAUGCAGGUUUCUCUUCCUGGUCUGUGAUGUCUGAGGCUAAGAGUUCAAACAGUUCACUGAAGCAGGCAAAUAUCUGCAGGUUUAGUUGUUUUUCCUUCAUGCUUGGGAGAAGAGUCAGGACAAUGCCACUGCACCUGUGCCACCAGCAGCAGCGUGGGGCUUUUACAGGCUGGAGCAUGUCCUGGUGUGGGCCUGGAGAUCCCAGCACCGAGACCAUUACUUUGGGAUUGGGUCUGGUGCCUCACAAAGCAUCCAACCCUGCAGUCUGAAGGAGGUGGACACUGGGUUGCUGUUCUGGCCCAGGAGCUUACUGGAAAAGCAGCUCAGGGUGAAGCUUCUGAGAUCCUUGGGUUAUGGACAACACGUGUUAGGGGUCAUUUCCUUUCCAGCUUUAUUUUGGUGAUGUGCCUGGUGUGUUCAGAGGGUUGAAAUGAAGUUCAGAUCUUUCCAAAAAGGCCUUCAGCAGACCCUCUGCUUGCAGGCAAGCAGGGACAAGCUGCAGGGUGGAGGGGGAGGACAUUGUGUGUAGAGGGCAUAGUGCGUGGGGACAACAUAGUGCGUGGCAGCAGAGCCUGUCCACAGGCAUUUGAUGUCCUUUCUCAGGGGCCAGGCACUGUGCUGGGCUGCUGCCAAGGUUGGGAGGCAAGGCUCCCAUGGCCUUGGAGCAAGCACCCGGGGGGCAGCUUUGGGCAGUGGCUAUGGAAAGUCUUUUGUGCUGUUUUGGGAUGUCCUGGUGUUGUGGCCAGUUGCUGGGUGAGGUCUCCCUGUGCUGUGUGAUCCUGUUGGAAGGCACAUUGGGAAAGGAAAAAGAUGCUCUCAGAGCAAAGAAUUUCUGCAUCUGACUUUCUGUCUCUGCUGUGUGGCCACCAUACAGCUCAGAGUCUGGAUGAGCUUUGUGGUUUGUGUGUUUGAGACUUCGGCACCUCACAGGUGUCUUUAGAUACUCUGAAGCCACCUGCUGUUUUGAUCCUGGGCAAGCUGCUGUGGGUGCCCCUGCUUUAGCAGGGGGUUGGAUUGGAUGAUCCUCAAAGGUACUCUCUAAUCCCAACAUGCUGAGAUUCUGGAAUUCUGCAUGAGUUUGUGAUGCUCUGCUCAGACAAGGCCAGGUGGUAGCACAGGAGCUGGAGAAGUCAGGAGGCAUCCAAGAGCUGCUGUGCAGGAGCUCAGGCUCAGGCUGGCCUGGUCAGUGGGAGGUGUUCCCGAGAUUCAGUGAGCUCAGCACCAUCCUGCUCCUGGAAGUCACACAGGAGGUGGUAGAGUUGGUCUAAAAUCUUGCCAUCAUUUCUGGUCCGUAGCUGGCACGAGCAUCGCCUUCGAGCAGUGGUGCCAGAGAUGUGAAUGGCUCUGUUCAGCCCCUCCUGGGAUUUUUUUCCCUCACUUCUGCAGUGGCAGGUUCUGGCCAAAGGAGAGGCAGCCCAUGGCUUGAGUUUUGGGGAUGAAGGAGAAGGGGUUCAGAGCUUGCAUUGCACAGUUUGGGUUAGGGUUUGAGGAAGGGAGCACAGAGGGUCCAUUCUCGGUGCCAUCAGCUUUUGAGAUGAGUGGGGCAUUAAGUGCACCUACAUCUGUGAGUGCCUGGAACAAUGGGGUGCACCAGCUGGUGUCUGAGCUGGCUUGAUCUGGCUGCUGGGGACCAAGAGGGUGGCACCAAGCUGCCAGUGGGUGCCUUGGGUGGGUCCAACCUGGGACCAGGCUGAAUUUUUACUGUGUGGUACCUGGAGAGCCAAAGCUGGAGAUGCAGGAGUUUGAGCUUUGUAUCAGGAGGUCAGGCCUUGCCAUGGGGGUGGGAGGGGGUCACUGAGGGGUAGAAUUCAAGAAAUGAGCUUUCCUAUUUUAGUACAUGAGAGAUAUUUUUCCACUAAAUUACUGCUGCCUGCAGCAUGUCCCUGUCCAACUCCAUCAGGCAGGUGGGCCAGGAGAGCACAGCAAGGCUGCUCCUGGCCACACCUGUGCCAUCCACGCUGCUCACCCCAGAUUGGGCUGAUUUGUUUUAUACUUAGGAAAUUAUAGAAAUAAAAACAAUUUUGCUGGAUAA